AUGGCUGUUAAAAUUCUAUUUGAUAUGGAUCUGGUUAAGGGUCAAGUAUCAGUUAAAGAAUUUGAAUACAUUGGUAGAUAUAAGGACUUUGUUGAUGUCUUGGACACCUCUGAAGCAUUAAAAUUCUUGAAGAUGGAGAAAAACUGGGCAGAAACUCCUGGAAGGAAAAAUACUGGGAAUUUACUGAACAUCUCCGGCCAAUCACACAUGAUGACUAUUCAAUCCCACUUGGAGUAG